AUGAGUACAAAAAGAUCACCAUUUCUCUACCCUGGAGAGACUUCAUCUUCAGAUCAAUUGGCAAUUUUACAUUUGAAAAGGGAUCUCCAAACUCCAACAAUUCUAAAGAGCUUCGAUGAAAAGGAUGAAGGAUACUCAGAGGGCAAGGUGACAAACACUCGAUUUGGAUCUUUUCCACAUACAACUUUAAUCGGAUUACCAUGGGGAACUCAAGUUCUUGCAUCAAAGGUGGAUACUGGAUCUAGAGGACGAAGAGGUGACAAGAAACGAAAACGAGACGAUGUGGACACUGCCGAUACUCCUAAAGUUGUGGAACUCAUUACAGAAAAUGUUGAGGAUGGAUCUUCAACUCCUGCGAGUGCGACCAAGGAUAUGACGGAAGCUGUAGCUGCUGGAAGCGGGUUUAUACAUUUCCUACCGCCUACGCCAGAGAACUGGACCAAUUCGCUGCCACAUAGAACCCAAGUUGUUUACACGCCCGAUUACAGUUACAUCUUACAUCGUAUACGCGCAAGACCCGGGACGAGUCUAAUUGAAGCAGGAGCUGGUAGUGGAUCUUUUACACAUGCGUCUACAAGAGCUGUCUUUAGCGGAUAUCCUGAUGAACUUACAACAAAGAAGCGCAAGAUAGGGAAAGUUUGGAGUUACGAGUUUCAUGAACCGAGACAUGCGAAAUUGGCCGAGGAAUUAGAAGAGCAUGGAUUGGAUAGCAUUGUAGAGAUUACACAUCGAGAUGUAUGUGAAGGAGGGUUCUUGGUGGAUGGAAAGAGUCCAAAGGCUGAGUCUAUAUUUCUGGAUUUACCUGCUCCAUGGUUGGCACUCCCGCAUCUUACUCGAUCUCCUCCACCUCCCAUCAAGAAUCCCAAUGGAGAAAUGGCCCAAGCGAAACCCAAUACUGAACCGUUCAUUUCCACCCUCAAUCCCGAAGCACCAAUCCAUCUAUGUACCUUCUCUCCCUGUAUCGAACAAGUCCAACGAACCAUAUCCGUCAUGCGACAACUUGGCUGGGUUGACAUUGAAAUGGUAGAAUUAUCAGCAAAGCGCUUUGAAAUCCGCCGAGAAAGAAUAGGCAUUGAUAAUGGGGUACAAAGAGGUCUACAGACUACACCAGCUACCGUUGAAGAAGCCGUUAGUCGAUUACUAGAAGUCGAAACUGGACAUCAGGGCUUCCACAGGAAAGGUGACGCCCCAGAGAAAAUGCCAAGACAGAAUCCAAAUACAAGGGCAACAUUGAUCAAGAGCUUAGUAGAGGGCAAGAUAUAUAAGGAAGGAAAGUUAAUACAUAAAACGGAACCAGAAGUGAGGACUCAUACUUCGUAUCUGGUAUUUGCAGUGUUACCGAGAGAGUGGAGUGAAGAGGAUGAGAAGAAAGCGAGAGAGAAAUGGGAGGUUGACUUUGAUGGCGAGCCGGAGGUUACUGCGAAGAAGCCAACCGAAUUACCUAUGAGCAAGAGGCAAAUGAAGAAAGUAGCAAGAGCUAGUCAUAUCAAACCACAGAGUGCUGCUGCUGCUGCGCCGGCUAGUGAUGGGGUAGGAACUGUGAAUGGAGCGAAUGGACCAGUCAAAGAAGAGGCAGAAGUAAAGGCAGAAGCCUAG